CUGGGGUCCAGUCAGUGCACGCUGGGCCGUGUUGCUGUGUGUCUGCUGCUGAUCACCGUCUUUGAUCAUCUGAAUGAUCAGGGUUCAGAAGCUUCAGUGAAAGUAUCUUUUCUAAUCAUGGCGGAGAGUUCAGACAUGGAGAACCUCCUCACGGCUUUCAGGAAGUUUGCUGUUCACGGAGAUUCCAAGGCGACAGGGAAGGAGCUGAAUGGGAAGAACUGGGCCAAACUCUGCAAAGACUGCAAGAUCACUGACGGCAAGAACAUCACCGGAACUGACGUGGACAUCGUCUUCUCCAAAGUCAAACAGAAGACGGCUCGAGUCAUCACGUUUGAGGAGUUUCAGCGGGCGCUGGAGGAGCUGGCUCCAAAGAGGUUCAAGAGUGAGAGCAAAGAGGAAUCGCUGCACUCCAUUUACAAGAUGGUGGAGGGCCGAGAGCCCACCAACGUGGGGGUGACGAAAGUGACGAAGACGGCGGCGGUGGACCGCCUGACCGACACGUCCCGCUACACUGGAUCUCACAAGGAACGCUUCGACGGAACUGGUCGCGGAAAAGGGCGCGAGGGCCGCGAGGAGCUCGUCGACAACACGGGCUACGUGGGCGCGUACAAGAACGCCGGAACGUACGACACUAAGACAAAAGCUGAGAAGUGAGGAGGUGGUGCCCUCUGCUGGGGGCUGGUGGGAGCUGCAGCUCCUCUAACUGCACUGAAUCUGGACCAAACCAAACCCGAGCUGAUGCAGUAAUGAAGACGAGCGCCAGUCCAGAGGGUGACCCGUUUCAAUACUAGCUCUGCUACUAGUUUAAGUGAUUUCAAAAGUUUCUGAGUCAUUAAUCCAGUUUUCAUCAAGUUUCUUAACCUGUAGCUAACAAAUGUAACUGAUACCAGGGGAAGAUGAUGCAAUGAUCAAUCAAGUUAUUUUCUAUCACACAAAUCAUGAAAAGAACCUCUAAAACCUAUAAAAAGUCUCUGUUCCACAACAGGAGCAUCAGUCUUGGUCCACUCGAUCUUGAGAUGGUCUAAAUGGCUUACUAGAACGUUUAGGUUUGUACCUGCAGGAAUCCAGACAGAUAUGAGCUCUAAAAGGGGAGGAUUUAGUCACAUUUCUGCUGUUUAGCUUCAUUAAUCUGCUUUGAUAACGUAUAAACUUUAUUUAACGCUUCUGCUGGAAUCUCAUGCAUUACCUUUAUUUUGAUAUCAGAUUUAUUGGAAUACAUCUCACAGAUGCUGAAAUAAACUGUUUUUAUAUUGGAGAUGUGAUUUUAGAAUAGGAAUUACAAAAAGACGCCUCAUUAUGAAAGAGUUUACCAAUCCCAGUUCACCCCUAAGCUCAUACGUCCAUGUGCAGGUGUGGCGACGUUCCCACUCGAUACAGGUGAAAGGGGAGGGGAACCCUUAAAUGGCUUGUAGCACCCUAUAAUGUAAUAAUUUCCUGAAAAUGUAAUAACGCCUGGAAAUGUAAUAAAAUUUGCACUUAACUCAAUCGAAAAUGUAAUAAAACCCAAUAAUGUAAUAACUUAAGAUAAGAUAAGAUAAGAAAUCCUUUAAUAGUCCCCCAGAGGGGAAAUUUCCAACUUCACCAAUAAUGUAAUAACAUAUCCUGACUGAUAUUGUAAUAACAUUUUUACCAAUAAUGUAAUACCUUAUUACAUUAUUGGGAAUUUAUUACAUGCUACUCAAAGUCUGCAAUUUAACCCAAUAGUCAUUCUGGUGUUUCAAAUCCAGUGUAUAUAACAUUCUUAGAUACUUAAAACACAAAAUGUAGAACUCUGGACUGAAAAUGAACAUAUAUAUUAUUCCAGAAAACAUUACAUUAUCUAUCAAGUAUUACAUUAUCGGUUUUGAAAAAAAAAAGACCCACCUACAAAUGUAAUAAAUUCCCAAUAAUGUAAUAAGGUAUUACAUUAUCUGUAAAAAAUGUUAUUACAAUAUCAGUCAGGGUAUUUUAUUACAUUAUUGGUGAAGUUAUUACAUUAUUGGAUUUUAUUACAUUUUCAGGCGUUAUUACAUUUUCAGGAAAUUAUUACAUUAUAGGAAAUUAUUACAUUAUAGGGUGCUACACGGCUGUUUUAGGAGCACACACCAUGGGAGCAAAGAAACAUUUAAACGUAAGCAUUAUAUCCAAACGACAUUAAUUCAACAAAAAAAACACUGAAUAGUCUUGUUUGAUGUGUCAGUGAUUUUAGUCUUCUUCGUGGUUGUAAAUUAACAGCUCAGUUGCCAUCAAGAUAUAUUGAUGUAUUAAAAAGAUCUACAAGUGUUUUAAAUUUGAAUUUGUUCAACCAAUAUUCUUGUAAUAUUUCUUGCUAUUGUUCAUUCUUUCAAUAAAUGCAACAGUAUUCAAAAGCGUUAGCAGCUUUUA